GCCAUACUUGCCGCAACACCGAAAAGCCCCGUCCUCUCCUUCCUACCCCGUCUCUUCUGCGCUGCUCCCCCCCCGUCUCGCUUGGUGCGGUCCGGUGUCACUGGUCUCGCGGCGGCCGGGCUCGGCCUGCUCCGCGGCCAGGUGGUGCUUAUCGCCGCCUUUGCCCACGUUCUCUGGAGGGGCCUUGCGGCGGGGACCAUGCUGGGCCGGAGUCGCGUAACCUUGGUCCUCCUCACCGUGGCUGCUACCUGUGCGUUGGCGCAGCAGGCGCCGCCGUGGACAGAAAACUGCAGAAAAUCAACCUAUCCUCCUUCUGGACCAACCUAUAGGGGUCCAGUUCCAUGGUACACCAUAAAUCUUGACUUACCGCCCUACAAAAGAUGGCAUGAAUUGAUGGCUGACAAGGCACCAGCGCUAAGGAUUAUAGUGAAUUCCCUGAAAGAUCUAAUAAAUGCAUUUGUGCCAAGUGGAAAAAUUAUGCAGAUAGUGGAUCAAAAGUUGCCUGGCCUACUUGGCAACUUUCCUGGUCCUUUUGAGGAGGAAAUGAAGGGGAUCGCAGCUGCUACUGGGAUACCAUUAGGAGAGAUUAUUUCAUUCAAUGUGUUCUAUGAAUUUUUUACCAUUUGUACUUCAAUAAUAACAGAAGACAAAGAAGGUCAUCUACUACAUGGGCGAAACAUGGAUUUUGGCGUGUUUCUUGGGUGGAAUAUAAACAAUAAUACCUGGGUCAUAACUGAGCAACUCAAGCCUUUGACAGUGAAUUUGGACUUCCAAAGAAACAAUGAAACUGUCUUCAGGGCUUCAAGCUUUGCUGGCUAUGUGGGCAUGUUAACAGGAUUCAAACCAGGACUGCUUAGUCUUACGUUAAAUGAACGUUUCAGUAUAAAUGGCGGUUAUAUGGGUGUCAUAGAAUGGAUUUGGGGAAAGAAAGAUGCUAUGUGGAUAGGGUUUAUCACUAGAUCAGUUUUGGAAAAUAGCACAAGUUAUGAAGAAGCCAAGAAUAUAUUGACCAAAACCAAGAUAUUGGCCCCAGCGUACUUUAUCCUGGGAGGCAACAAGACUGGGGAGGGUUGUGUGAUCACACGAGAUAGAAAACAAUCUUUGGAUGUAUAUGAACUCAACCCUAAGCAGGAUAGAUGGUAUGUGGUACAAACAAAUUAUGACCGUUGGAAAAGCCCUUUCUUUCUUGAUGAUCGCAGAACACCUGCAAAGAUGUGUCUAAACCAGACAACCCAAGAGAAUAUCUCAUUUGCAACCAUAUAUGAUGUCCUGUCAACAAAACCUGUCCUCAACAAGCUGACUGUAUUCACAACUUUGAUGGAUGUUACCAAAGGUCAAUAUGAAACUUACCUGCGGGAUUGCCCAGACCCUUGCAUAGGUUGGUGAGCACACACCUGGCAUGAAGAUGGAAACUCACAUGCAUCCAACUAGUGCAGCCAUCUGAUCUCCUUCCAAAGACCAAGACUCAGGGCAGUUUCUUGUUAAGGCAUGAGCUUGUCUUUCUUAUGUUUACAGUUCAAACUGUUUCUGCCAUAACAGCUGAUUGUUCUAUUUACAGGUAACUUCUUUAUGUACAAAAAUCAGUCACCUAGAAUUUGCAGUUUCACUUCACUUUGAUUUUGGGGCAUAGGGAUGGGCAAUGAAUCUGUUAUGGGACCCACCUCCAUAGAAUAAAGCAAGAUUCUUGGUGGGUGUUGAAUCCAGCACAUCUGUACAUCAUUCAGUUUUUCACUUUAAUCCACAUAUUUGUAUGAUUUUCUUUUCCUUCUGGUUCAAACUAUUAAAAUUAGCACACCAUGGUCUUUGCUGUCUGUGACAGCAAUGUAAUUUCACUAAUUUUGAUUGGAGGGGGAUGAGACAGACAUUCAGCUCUGUAGUUAAGAGGCAAUAAUACUUGAGCCUUUGACCCUGAGUAGGAGUCCUUUUUUGGGUUCAUGAAGUAAUCCGUGUGCAAGGCAGCCUUUCAUACACAGAAUUGACAUGUUCGCUUUUUCAUGAGUACUCUACCUCCCGGUUAACUCCAGGCGGUUGUUAACUUCAGACAUGGAGCCCCAGGUUCUGUGAAUUAAUAGUAAAUAGGCCAAAGCCUUGUGGAAAGUGAGAGGUGAACCCAUAAACUCACAUAAAUAUCAUUCACUUAAUAAAUGUUUAGUUUAUCUUUCUGAUCACUAUGUAUUUUUAAAAAAACAUAGUUACUAAAAGUUUUUCAGAAAUCAGUCUAUUUAUGGAAAGUGCUAAUAGAACUUAACCUUUCAGACUUUAACUGUGAAAUGCAUGCCAGUUCGGCGAGACUGUAUCCACUUUAUUUUGUAUAAUGUUACUUGUAUUCAUGACGCUCAAUAAACAGACAUUGGAAGCAGUG